CCCAUCCCCCUAUUUAACCCCCCAUUUUCUCGCCAUUGUCACUUAUUCCACAUCAACUCCAUCUUUCUAUCUUAAAUGUUAGUACCAUGGCAGCUGAGCUUGGCCUUUUACCCUUGACCCAUCUCAAUAAAUUGCCUAAAUCACAAGACAAUAAUAUUCAAAAUCAAGACCAUCAUCAUCAUCAAUUGAACCCUAGUUUGAUCCCCAGUAGUGCUUGGAUGUGGAACCCUAAGCAAACUCAUCAUCAACAAGAAGAAGAUGAUUCAUGGGAAGUUAGGGCUUUCGCAGAAGAUACCGGAAACAUCAUGGGAACCACAUGGCCUCCGAGGUCUUAUACUUGUACUUUUUGUAGAAGGGAGUUCAGGUCUGCUCAAGCCCUUGGCGGUCAUAUGAAUGUGCACCGCCGCGACCGUGCUCGUCUCCAUCAAGUUCAGCCCAAUUCAAUCAACCCUGCUGGCUCAUCAUCAUCGUCUUCGUCUUCUGCUUCGUCAUUUCUAAUCCCGACGCAAGAAUUCGUGGCCAAUGGCAGUGGGUUAUGUCUUCUUUACCAAUUCCCUAACCCUGGUGGUGGUGGUGGUGGUGGUGGUGGUGGUGGUGGUGGUAAUGGUGGUGUUGGUGGUGUGUUUCAUUCAGCGACUUUAAAUGCAUGCACUGAUUCAUCAUCAUCAUCACCUUCCACUAUUCUUUCAAUCUCACCUUAUCCACCAGGAAACCUACUAGCAACUUAUUCGCCGCCUGUAAAUUUUCCGGUCAGGCACUUACCGGAAAUUACAACGAAUGCAUCUGACCAUUGUCCGUCAAAUAGAGCUGAUCAGCAACCCUUGGCUUCAAGUUCUACCGAAAAUGGCAAUGAAGAGAUUGAUCUAGAGCUUAGGCUCGGGCAUGGUCCAACCCCAACUUGUUGACUAACAAAUUAAGGAAAUUAAAAAUCAUGGGAGGUGUGAGUUGUAUUUAUAUUUGUUCAAUGUUGAUUUGAAAGACAAUGAUAAUUUUGAUAUGUAAGAAACAGUCUUGAAUUAGCUUCUUUUUCUUUUUUCUUUUUUUUCUUUUUUUUUGUGUUUAUA